AUCCUAUCGACUGCCGGCAGCCGUACAUCCGCGAGGGGUAAAAAAAAAAAAAAAAAUGAUGAGCACCUGGCCUGACAGACAACAUAUUGCUUGUUUUUUUUAUUUCAAAGUUAGUAGCUAAUAUUGUAACAUAUAGUCUUAUUGUCGGUUGUAUGUCGAAGAACAAUAUUUUUAAAAGCGUGGACGUACUGAAUUGCUACAGUUGGAUAUGAAAACUAAAGCAAGCUUGCUAGCCUUCUGCUAACUACUCCCCCCGCCCCCCAACCACAGUCCAGCACAUGAUGCAACCGGCGGCAUCACCCCAAGGCAACUCCUCGUCCAGCCCGGGGCUCCAGUAGCCCACCCCUAUGCCUGUGAUCCCCAUCCCUCGGCGUGUGCGCAGCUUCCACGGGCCCCACACCACCUGCAUGCACUCGGCCUGCGGCUCCACGCACAACACCAAGCUGGUGCGCACCAAGUACAACAACUUUGACCUUUACCUGCGCUCGCGCUGCAUUUACAGCUUCCUGCGCUUCCUGCUGUACUUCGGCUGCAGCCUACUGACCUCCCUCCUGUGGGUGGCGCUCUCCGCGCUCUUCUUCGUGCAGUACGUCAGCGUGCGAGUGCUGUUGCGCGUGCAGUACAAGCUUUCCGUCAUUCUCAUCUUACUGGGACACAGGCGCUUGGACUUUGGGGUGGUGAACGACCUGAUCAUAUACAGCAUGCAGAUCACCAUGUUCAUGGUGGGGGGGCUCGGAUGGUGCUUCAUGGUGUUUGUGGACAUGUAGUCUAGAGUGAUGCUCCCUGGACAACAUUAAACCUGUGUAAUGUAUGCACUACUGUUGCUUUUUCAAUCAUUACAAAGUCAGUGGGAUAUCUCAUUCAUCAAGUGAAGCUCGGAAUUCUUCGUUUUGGGGGGAAGAAUGCUGAUGUGUGAAGUGAAUUAUAUUUAUAUAACUCAAAGCGCUUUACAUAGUGAAAGCCAAUAUCUAAGUUACAUUUAAACCAGUGUGGGUGGCACUGGGAGCAGCAGGGUAAAGUGUCUUGCCCAACGGCAGUGACUAGGAUGGCGGAAGCUGGGAUCGAACCUGGAACCCUCAAAUUGCUGGCACGGCCACUCUACCAACCGAGCUAUGCCGCCCCAAGUGAAUGAAUGAAGCUUUAGUGGAAAAAGUACAAAUUAUAUCGCUUUAAGCCAACGUUUUCUGGAUCUCCACCUAAAAUUGCAGAUACUAACAUUUUGGCAGCUGACAACAAAAAUCACGAAGUGGAAAUUUGACUAGUAAUUCCUAAAAUAAAAGAGAGCUCUUGUCAUGUUGAAGAUCUUUGACUGGUGUUUUCACAGCAGUUUGAAAAAAAAAAAAAUAUCAGCAGACCGGUCCUGUUUCUCAAAGGAUCUUUGAAUAGUGGUUUUGAAUCCAUCCAUCCAUCCUUUUUCUACCGCUUGUCCCUUUUGGGGGAAUGAGGGGGCGCUGGAGCCGAUCUCAGCUGUGUUACGGCUGAAGGCGCGUACACCCUGGACGAGUCGCCACUUCAUCGCAAGGCCAACACAGAUAGAUACUAUCAAUUAUUUAAAAAAAUAGCAGUGCCCUCCUUCCAUAUAGGAUCUUUGACUAGUGUUUUUGCAGCAAUUCGUUAUAAAUAGUAGCAAUCUUCUUGCAUUUAAAGGAUCUUUGGUGUUUGGCACCAGUUCUUUAAAAACAGCAGCACGCUCCUGUCUUAUAGAGGAUCUUUGACUAGUUUUUAGCAACAGUUCUUUAAAAAAUUUGCUCCUGUCGUGUAAAUGAUCUUUGACUUGCGUUUUUGGGGUAUUUCGGCGGCAUUAUUAAGCACAAAACAAAACUGCAGAUCGCUCAUGUCAUAUAGAGCAGUGGUCCCCAACCUUUUUGUAUCCGCGGACCGGUCAACGCUUAAUAAUUUAUCCCGCGGCCCGGGGGGGGGGCCUUUUUUUUUUAUUUUGUUUUAUCUUAUUAUUUUUUUUCUUCUGUGUCAUGAAAAAGGGACAUUUUUGUCAUGAAAAGGGGAGGUUUUUGUGGUUGGUGCACUAACUGUAAGUGUAGAUUGUGUUUUUUAUGUUGAUUUAAUUUUUAAAAAAAAAAAUAUAUAUAUAUAUGUAUUUUUUUUUUUUUUACUAAAAAAUUCUUCUGCGCCCUGGUACCAAUCGGGCCACGGCCCGGUGGUUGGGGACCACUGAUAUAGAGGAUCUGUGACUGGUGAUUUUGCAGCAGUUCUUUAGAAACGACAACAGAGCUCUUUUGACUGGGGGUUUUGCAGUAGUUUAAAGACACAGCAGCAGAGCACUUCGAUUAAAUUGAGCAUCUUUGAUUGUCAUUUUUGAAGCACUUCUGUACCAACAGCUGCACACGCCUGUUUUAUGAAGGAUCUUUGACUGGUGUUCUUGCAGCAGUCCUUUAAAAAACAGCAGAGCGCCCAAGGAUCUUUACCGUUUUUGCAGCAAAUCUGUAACAACAGCAGAGCGCCCCUUUUUAUGUAGAGGAUCUUUGACCUGUGUUUUUUUUUGCAACAGCAGUUAGAAUAAACUGCAGAACGCUCCUGUUAUAUAGGGGAUCUUUGACUGUUUUUUUUUUUUGCAACAGUUCUUUUAAAAAAACUGAAAAGGAAAUCGCUCCUGUUCUAUAGGGGAUCUUUGACUGGUGUUUUUGCAGUACUUCUUUAAAAUAAAGCAGAGCGCCUUAUCAUAUUGAGGAUAUUAAUGUUUUUGCAGCAGUUCUGUAACAAAAGCAGAGUGCUCCUGUCAUUUAGAGGAUCUUUUACAGUUUUGUUUUGUUUUAGCAGCAGUUAAAAUAAACUGCAGAACAUGCUCUUGCCAUUUAAAGAAUCUUAGUAUUUGGGCACCCAUUCUUUUAAAAAAAAAAAAGCGAAAUGCUCUUUUCAUGUAAAAUAUCUUUGUCUUUCCUUUAUAGUGUACAGUAUAUUGAUGUGAUGGCAGUGCAUGAUGUUUUUGAAUGAAUUGGGAUAUUGGCAGAGGCACCAGAUUUUUAAUUUCAGGUGCAAAUCUUAUGGAAACCUUGGUUAAGGUGCUCUGAAUGGGAGGUAAAAAUGGAUAAAUGUAAAUGAAAACAUGAGUCUUGGGUGGAAUAAAAUGUCUUUAUGGUCUGUA